AUGAAAGCCAAGUUCUCACUCGCAGCGCUUGCCAAGGUGACCCGCGCUGCACUCAAGCUCUGGAAGCGCGUGGCCAAGUACACGACCACGCCACUGCUCAGUCAAGGGGUCGACGGGGACAUGGCCAUGGCCCAGGACUCUCGACGGGUCUUUGAUGCCCGGGCUUCGAACGAGCAAAGGCCGCAUAUUGCGUUCGACGACAAGCUUAAGCUCAUCACCCCCGACGAAGCGACCCUGUAUUCGCCACCAGCGUCACCGACAAAAGUAGUGGCGCUCGCCAAUUGGGAGACAGCACCCAUGUUUGUCCUGGAUGACCAUUUGGGCAACGGGUUCCCCAAAGUGAGCGCAGAUCGAUUGCUCAACAAGUGCAACCCGUUCCUGUCGGGGAAGCGGAGGGCACGGAGUGACGACGACACGACGUCGGAUGCACCAACGGCGUCGACCGACGGCUCGACAGCUCCCGAGAGCGGCGUCAAGAUCCGAGACCUUGUGCAGGACGAGGUCGAUCCGGUUGAAGAGAGAAGUUCCGAUAUUCAACGAGGGCUGAGGCUCGAGCUGAACGAGGUCGAUCCGGUUGAAGAGGGUGGUUUUGAUACUCAACGAGAGCUGAGGCUGGACGCAACGGAGGAGCAGGUCUCGCGUUCGUUCGAUACGAGUGCGACAGAGAACGUGGUGUCUGCUAAAAAGCCGAGCAAGCGGACGUCCCUCUGGGUCUGCGUUGGCCACGGCCGAUACAUCAAACGAGGGCGUCACUUUCCGCGAAAACUCUGCCGAUUGAGUCAGGCAAACGGCAAAGAAUUCGUCGACAGUGCGAUAGGUACAGCUUCUGAUUAG